AAUACAGAGGCAUGAGGACCGAGGAUUUUAUACUGGUGCCAGUGUAAGAAAUGAGAUGCAGUAACUGAAGACAUGGGCACAAGUGAACGGGGCCCACUAGUGGAAGCAAGUCAGGCCCAUAAGAUGGGCCAGAGAUUUAGCAACGAGUUAAAGAUUAUGUGGAGAGAUGCAUCAGUUGAAGAUGUGGUCCCAAUGGAAAUAAGUCACUUUGACUUUUUGGGUUAGUCCAGCACUCUAGCACCAGAUGAGAUUUGCAAGGCAUGCAGUGUACUGACAGUUACUGAAGAUGGGAAGAAAUGUUACAAGCCCCUUCAGUGGAAGGAGCACCCAGGAAAUUAUUCUUAUGCGCCAUCAUACAACAUGGCUCCAUCACGCAUUACUCCUGUGAUAAUAAGUGAACACCAUGUGCAAGGUACAAAAAGGGAUUCAGAUGAUGAAACAGUUCCUCCACAGCGUAUUAUACAGCCUAUGAUGUGGGGACUUAUUCCACCAUUCUAUAAGGGUUCUGCUCCUACUGGUCAUGGCUUGAAAACUUCCAACUGUAGAUUUGAAAAUAUAGAAGAAAAGAAAACUUUCAAACCAUCCCUUGUUAAAGGACAAAGGUGUGUUGUUUUGUGUGAUGGCUUCUAUGAGUGGCAGACCAGUAAAGGGGGGAAAAACAAGCAGCCUUAUUUUGUAUAUACACCACAACCUAAAGGGAUUGAAAUUUGGAACCGUGAAAGCUGGGAUAAACCAAAUGUGUGGAAUGAAGAGGAAGGCUGGAAAGGACCUCAGUUACUGAAAAUGGCAGGACUUUUUUCAUAUUGGGUGUCAACAGAGGGUGAGGUUGUGAUGAGCUAUUCUGUGAUAACACUGGAGUCUGGGAAGGAGUAUUCUGUCAUUCAUAAUAGAACACCUGCCAUCCUGGAGACUGAUAUGGAUGUUGAGAGUUGGCUAGACUUUGGACACAUUGGCUACAAAGAAGCUUUGACAGUUUUAAAGAAUGAAAUGGAAAUAACAUGGCAUCCUGUCUCCACUGCUGUGAAUAAUUCACGCAAUCAAGAGCCCCAGUUAAAUGCACCCAUAAGCUUGGAGAAGAAGCCACCACAAACAGCUAGCAGCAAAUUGAUGGCUACAUGGUUGAGCAAAGGCUCAGUCAAAAAAGGUGAUUCAACACCAAUAAAGAAAGAAUCAUUAGAACCAAAGGAGGAACCAACAGAGGAAUUAGAGGAGGAACCAAAGGAGGAAUUAAAGAAGGAAUUAAAGGAGGAAUUAAAGAAGGAAUUAAAGGAGGAACCAUAGGAGAAACCAAUGGAGGAACAAAAAACCUCAUCCCUUGAUAAGUGUCUGAAGGAGGACUAAUGCAGCAGCAGUGCUGAAGGACUCUAAUAAAUAUUUGUUAUGUUAAUUUUAUUGUGUUGUUUGGAAAUCAAAUCUACAAUAAAAAGGAGUACAAAAAUUUAGACAGUCAUAAACAUUGUGAAAUUUAAAUGCUCUUAAAAAUGCAUAUUCUGUUAACACCUUCAGUUACCUAUCAUAUAUAACAAUAGUCUUGCCAGAUACUUACACAAUAAAUGUUUAUCAUGACAAACAUGUUUUUGAAAGGAUAUACAUCUGCCUUGCCUUAUGGUAGUAGAAUAUGUAACCAUUGUACCUAGACAACAGAUGAUUAUCCAAGGAUAUAUAAAAUAUUAAUUUAUUAUUUAUGCUCUAAAGAAUAUAAAUUGAAGUCAGAUUUUUUCAUUAUAAAUGAUUUUUAAAAUCUAAACAUAAUGCUGUUUUUAAACAUUGUGUCUUUUAAAAUGCAAAGUCAAAAACAUUUGCUUUAGUUUUUAAACAUUCAAAGAUGUAAAUAUUUAUAUUGGUUACAAUAAUUUUUGAGGAUUUUCAGAAUUUUUUGGACAGUGCAACAGAUGGAUCACAGCUUAGUAUUAAAAAUAUAUUCUAAGUGUUUAAAAUUUGGUUUAUAUAUUUAUAAAUUUUUUUAAUAUAGUAAAAGUGUUUUCAUUAUUUUUAUAGUUUUACUAAUGUGCUUUCUUGAACUACAUCUUGUUGGUAUCUGUAUUAGCAUCGAAUUAUUAUUGUGGAUCUCU